AUGAAAAAGAAAAAAUAUGGGAACGCCCUCCCCUCGAUGGAAUUCUUGCCAAUAUGUAUCGAAGUUCUCGGCCCGAUGGACCCCAACACCCUUAAAAUUCUUAAGGCAAUAUGUAAAAUGAUCAGCGUCAGAUCAGGCGACAGCAGGGAACUGUUUUUCGCAACUAACCACAUUUCGUGCUUGUUGCAGCGGUUCCUGCGUGUCUAUGUGCUUGAAAAUAUCAAACUGAAUGCCGACAUAGAGAAAGAAAAAAAUAGAGAGGAGAGAAAAAUGAAGAAAGAGCGAGAGACAGAAUCAAAAAUUUCUGAAAUGAGAUAUGAAGAUGAGUACAGUGGAUAG